GAACCAGUUUCUAGACGCUGUUUCCGACCGGACGCUUCAUCCGGGUGGGACCGGAAACAUGGCUUUCAACUUUGGCGGCGCGUCUGGCACUGCGAGCACUCCAGGCUUCUCAUUUAAAACACCUUCAUCCAACUCAUUUGGUUUCGGUGCUUCAACAACAACCACUGCAAACAAUUCAACAGGAUUCGGUCUUUCUGGCACUGGGUUUGGAGCCACAACCACAACAGCACCAUCCACAGGAUUUGGAUUUGGAUCAAGUACCACUGGUGCGUUUGGAGGUUUCGGCUCCACAUCAACCUCUGCCAAUGCUGGAACAACCUUCAGUUUCUCCACACCAUCAAACACAGGUGGCAGUCUCUUUGGAAACACUCAGAAUAAAGGCUUUGGCUUCUCAUCUGGUCUGGGUUCGAGCACCGCACCAGGAACCGGCUUUGGCAGCAGUCUGGGUGGAACUGGAAUGAACUUUGGAGGGUUUGGUGGAAUCCAGCCCACCCAGAACCAACAGGGCGGUCUGUUUAACCAGCAGGGCUCUCAGUCCAGUCAGCUGAUCAACACGGCGAGCGCUCUGUCGGCUCCAUCUGUUCUGGGCGAUGAGCGCGACUCUAUUCUGGCCAAGUGGAAUCAGCUGCAGGCAUUCUGGGGGACGGGGAAAGGAUACUUCAACAGCAGCACACCUCCAGUGGAGUUCAGUCUGGAGAACCCCUUCUGCCGCUUCAAGUCGGUGGGCUACAGCUGUGUUCCUGCAGUGAGGGAUGAGGACGGGUUAGUGGCUUUGGCUCUCAAUAAGAAGGAAGUUGACGUUCGUUCUCAACAGCAGCAGCUCGUCGAAUCUUUACAUAAAAUCCUUGGAGGAAAUCAAACUCUCACUGUAAAUGUGGAGGGAGUGCGAGCGUUACCGGAUGACCAGACGGAGGUGAUUGUAUAUCUGGUUGAGCGGUCUCCUAACGGCACGUCCAAGCGUGUUCCAGCGUCCACUCUGUUUAAUUUCAUGGAGCAGAUGAACGUUAAAUCUCAACUCCAGCAGCUCAGCGUCUUCAUGACUGUCAGUAGAACUUCACUGACACCAGCACAACUCAAACAACUGCUUCACAACCCACCCGCAGGUGUGGACCCCAUCAUCUGGGAACAGGCCAGAGUGGACAAUCCCGACCCAGACAAGUUGAUUCCGGUGCCAAUGGUGGGAUUUAAAGAGUUACUGCGACGGCUAAAGAUUCAAGACCAGAUGAAUAAACAACACCAGACCAGAGUCGAUAUCAUCUCGAAUGACAUCAGCGAGCUGCAGAGGAAUCAGGCCACGACAGCCGCCAAAAUCACACAGUACAAACGCAAACUCAUGGAGCAAUCGCACAGAGUCCUGCAGGUGUUGAUUAAACAGGAAGUUCAGAGGAAGAGCGGAUACGCCAUUCAGUUGGAUGAGGAGCAUCUGCGAGUGCAGCUGGAAACCAUCCAAUCAGAGCUCAACGCUCCCACACAGUUCAAGGGUCGUCUGAAUGAAUUGAUGUCUCAGAUUCGGAUGCAGAAUCAUUUUGGAGCCGUUCGUUCAGAAGAGCGUUACCGUGUCGACGCUGAUCUGCUGAGAGAAAUCAAACAGCAUCUGAAGCAGCAGCAGGAGGGUUUGAGUCACCUGAUCAGCGUCAUUAAAGAUGAUGUGGAUGAUAUCAAGAUGAUUGAAGAUGGAUUACAAGACAGUAUACACACACGCAGCAGCAAACACAGCUGACAACACACACACACUUCAACACUCUCGUAACACACACACACACACACACACACUUCAACACUCUCGUAACACACACACACACUUCAACACUCUCGUAACACACACACACACUUCAACACUCUCGUAACACACACACACACACACUUCAACACUCUCGUAACACACACACAUACUUCAACACUCUCGUAACACACACACACACUUCAACACUCUCGUAACACACACACACACACACACACUUCAACACUCUCGUAACACACACACACACUUCAACACUCUCGUAACACACACACACACUUCAACACUCUCGUAACACACACACACACACACUUCAACACUCUCGUAACACACACACACACACACUUCAACUCUCUCGUAACACACAUACACAUACUUCAACACUCUCGUAACACACACACACACUUCAACACUCUCGUAACACACACACACACUUCAACACUCUCGUAACACACACACACACUUCAACACUCUCGUAACACACACACACACACACUUCAACACUCUCGUAACACACACACACACUUCAACACUCUCGUAACACACACACACACUUCAACACUCUCGUACACACACACACACACACACACACACUUCAACACUCUCGUAACACACACACACACUUCAACACUCUCGUAACACACACACACACUUCAACACUCUCGUAACACACACACACACUUCAACACUCUCGUAACACA